GGUUGUCCUUUUCUCCUUUUGUUUGUUUUAUGAUUUGGUCAUAGGCCAAUUUGUGUUUAAACUUAAGCUUAUUGAUAAGAUUUGAUGCAUGUGAUACAGACACCACCAUGUCGCAAAUCUUGCAUUUUAUUCAUUUUUGUUCCAUGUCGGAUGCCUCAUAUCGAAAGUGUUCCCGCACAACAGAAUUGUUCUGCCUAAUUUGCUCCCCAAACGCUGUUGCUCUCCGUCUGUCAUCUUUCCUUGUGCUGAUACAACUUGCUUUCUGGUAGUAUCGGCUGCAUGUGAUGAGUUUAGGCUGAGGGAUGGAGGGGCCAAAAUGCGCAGGCCCAUGGCAUUCAGGGCACAAGACAAGACGAAAUACAGUGUGUGAAUGGAGCAGUGUGCCAGUACGGCCUCCCUGCUGGCCUCAAUGCGGGAGCAGGAGAGGCAGUUUGAGAUGCUGAGCCGAGCUCUGGAGGAGGAGCGGAGGUCAUGUGACAGAACCCUGCCCCGCCCCCUCCCCAACAUGCAGAACAGCCGCAUUCUCUGUGAUGCAGACAUAGAGAGGCUCACACUGAACGAGAGUUACAUCAACGGGACACAUCACUUCAGGAUGGAGCCUGGCCAGGUGGUGCAGGAGACAUACACAGUGGAGGAAGAUCCUCAGGAGGCACCACCUGUUGUCUCUGUGAAGGCCAGUGAAGAUGGGACCACGCGAUGCACAGAAACUACGGUAAAGAAAGUAAUGACGACCACCACCACUCGCACAGUCAUCCCUUCAGUGUCGGACACAUUUUCCCUGGAUGGUGGAGGUUCAUUGACAGGUAUGGGUGGCUACACUGCACCCAUGGUCUACAGACAGGGACCUGGAGGUGGCUUGCCUAUGGAUUACCCCACUCAAACUGUGCCCCGCAACUACCACUACGGGCCGCAAGGGAAUCUAGACGACUACCGCACUGGACCCCCAUCUGAGAUUUACGCAAGCCAUAGUAGGGCAGCUCAGAUGGAUAAUCGCUACAGAACAGUCCAUCCAGAUGGGUACAGAACCCUGGAUCCAAGCUACAGAGCCCCCAGCAGGAACCAGCUGGACCCCUAUGCUGCUCAGCCACAGGUUGGGCGUAUGGGAAGUGCCAUCGAGCUAUCCUCGAUCCCCAGGUUUGUCCCAGAGCCAUAUGGUCUGGAGGAUGAUCAGCACAGCAUGGGCUAUGAUGAGCCUGACUAUGGCAUGGGACACCCAAUACAAUACAGCACCGUACCCCACAACCAUCAUGCAUUCUCCCAUGGGCCCCCACGCAGGACUGGAAGUUACGAGGGAACCUUGGAUGGCGACAUGAGUGGUCCAGGGGACAUGUACUAUUGGGGAGGAGGAGCACCGCUAGCCCACGGCGAAAGAGGUAGCAUGGCUUCAUUGGACAGCACUCUAAGGAAAGGACCCGGCCCUGGUGGUUGGCGUCAACCAGAGCUGCCAGAGGUUAUCGCCAUGCUGAACUAUAGGCUGGACCCCGUCCGAAGCAAUGCAGCUGCAUACCUGCAGCAUCUCACCUAUAGGAAUGAUAAAGUGAAGUCUGAUGUGCGUCGACUGAAAGGCAUCCCAGCUUUGGUCUGUAUGCUUGACAAUCCAAACAAAGAGGUUCACUAUGCAGCCUGUGGAGCACUAAAGAACAUCUCCUAUGGCAAAGAUCAUGACAACAAGAUCGCUAUCAAGAACUGUGAUGGAGUGCCUGCUCUGAUCAGGCUGCUAAGGAAGACCCAUGACCAGGACCUUACUGACACCAUCACAGGAACGUUGUGGAACCUAUCGUCUCACGACUCUGUAAAAAUGGAGAUUGUGGACCAUGCACUGCACGCCCUCUCUGACGAGGUGAUGGUACACCAUUCAGGCUGGGAGAGAGGGAGCAAUGGAACAGGAGGAGGGGAGGAAAACUGCAAGCCCAGACAUCUGGAGUGGGAGACAGCCCUCACCAACACAGCGGGCUGCCUGAGAAAUGUGAGUUCAGAGCGAAGUGAGGCAAGGAGGAAGCUGAGGGAAUGCACGGGAUUGGUUGAUUCGCUCAUGUACAUUGUCCAGUCCCAGAUUGAUUGUAAAGAUGUCGACAAUAAGUUGAUAGAAAACAGCGUGUGUCUGCUGAGAAACCUAUCCUAUCAGGUGCAUCGUGAAAUCCCAGGCUGUGAACGCUACCAGGAGGCCACACUGCUCAACCAGGGCCCCACCCCCUCAAGCCAAAAGGGCGGCUGCUUCAGUUCUCGCAAGAGUAAAGAUGAGUGGUUUUCCAAAGGUAGGAAAGAUGAGGAUACAGCUGCAGACAUAAUAGACAUUCCAAAGAGGACCACGCCGGCUAAAGGCUAUGAGCUGUUGUACCAGCCAGAGGUGGUCCGCAUUUAUACUUCACUGCUAAAGGAGUCCAAGAACCCCACUGUGCUGGAGGCCUCAGCUGGAGCCGUUCAGAACCUGUGCGCCGGCCGCUGGACUUACGGGAGAUACAUUCGUGCCUUGCUGCGCCAGGAGAAGGGGCUACCCAUGAUGACAGAGCUACUGGCCCACGGCAAUGACCGCGUUGUUCGCGCCAUGUCUGGAGCCCUCCGCAACCUGGCCAUUGACUCACGCAACAGAGAUCUACUAGGAAAACAUGCAGUGCCUCACCUUGUUGCCAACCUGCCUGGCGGUGGUCAGAGUCAGCCAGUGCGAGCGCUGUCAGAGGAGACUGUGGUGUCUGUAUUGAGCACACUUCAUGAGGUGUUGGGCUCCAGCCUGGAUGCAGCCAAGACCCUCAGAGCCUCACAGGGAAUUGAGAGACUGGUGCUCAUUAACAAGGAUGGUAAUCGUUCUGAGCGAGAGGUGCGUGGGGCUGGCCUGGUGCUGCAGACAGUGUGGGGUUAUAAGGAGCUGCGGCGCACGUUAGAGAAGGACGGCUGGAAGAAGACUGACUUCAUGGUCAACCUUACCCCUCCUAACAACAACACCAGGGCCAAUGGGGGAUAUGAGGACAGCACUAUGCCACUCAUAGACAAAGGGGGCAAACAGGACCGGGAAAUGAUUCCAAUGAAUGACCUGGGGCCAGAUGCCUAUUCCACACUGGACCAGAGAGGGAGAGGACACACUCUGGAUAACACACUUGAACCUGCUGACAAAGAUGCAUCACAGGGAGGGAUUUAUGGGGAGAAGCAGGCCUCUUUGCCUCUGAUGGAUUCUUACGAUGAAAAACUGAUUGUGUGCAUCACAAGACGACAGCCUCCUCCUGCCUACUGCCCAUGCUGAGCUGACAAUGGGGGACUACUACACAACAAUGGGAUGAAACUCCAUCCUUUACACUUAACUCUUCUGUCCCUUUUACUCUUUUGCAGCUUCUCCUGUCUCUUUCCCUUUGUUGCAUUCCUUUGUUGCAGCUAACAAACUAAUGAAAUGACACAGACUAACUGAUGUGGCUCCCUGUGGACAGCCAGAAGAGACACUAUGACCACUUUGUGCUCUGCAAUUCCCUCAACUCCAUAAUGCUAACUAAUCAAUCAGAUACCACUGGCCACAACACUACACACCCACACUACACUACAACUUGCCUGUACAACCCUAAUUCUCCCUUUGCCAAAAAUCAAAGACUAUGGCUUCAUCUGAGAACAUUUAUAUGUUGGGAUCAGAACUGGACACUUUUUGGUGAAAUUUUACAUAAAUGGCUAUUACUGUUUUGAAGAAAUUUGAGAAAAUGUGGUUUUGUUUCUCUCUGAUGGUUAAAUACGAGAAAAAAUGAUUUCCUUCCACUGAGAACCAAAUUUUAAUUAUUUAAUCAGAUAUGCAUUUAUGCUCCUGCUUGUGUUUUGGUAGUGGUUGCUCCUCUUCUACCUUGGCUCUGUACCACAGUAAUGUGCAUGUGCCAAAUGAAACUGCUACUGCUUUGGCUGUCAAUACAUAAUACAAGAAAUUCAUACACUCAGACUUUUAUUACAGCUACAUAGAAAACUGACAACUGCUUUGUUUUGUGUGCAGCUUGUGUCAGUGAUAGUCCUUCAACAGGAUGCACAGGGAUUCAGCAUUUUCUGUAUUUGAUUGUGAUCCAUAGAUAUAAACAGGUGGAGGUCCCAAUAUGGAUAUUCUUGCAGAAAGAAAAAGACUAGUUUUUCUUCAUCUCAUUUGAAUGGAUAAUACAGUAUAUGUUUCUAAAGUGAUGUUUCUGUUCAAUGUAAGCAGCGCCAUAACUUUGUAAUUCUUGGAAGAUAUCACAGUGAGGUGCAUUUUCUUGUAUCUGCAGGUCUGUUAUCUCAUGAAUGUACAUACAAGUCUGCAUCUGUCUACAUCUGUGUUGGAUAAUUGGAGUGUCUCACUAAUUCAGGAUAGGUCUAAUGGUUGAGCCCAACAUGACAUUGGAAACCAAUCAAGUUUUGCUUAGUAGUCUAUUGGUGGGGAGCACUGUAUAUGGAAUUCAUCUGUUUUCUAUUUUUCACAAAAAUGAAAUGUGUGAGCUUGUAUGCAUGUAAGACCUGACUCCUGUUAUUGGAAUCGGUUUGUUUUAUAAGGUAUAAGACUCUUUAAAUCCAUGUAAUUUACUGCUUCACAAACCCAUAGCCAACUUGGCUUGAAGGUGACAGAACAUGGAUGUUUUUCUUAAGUACAGUGCUGGUUCUGUAGAGGAUUGCAUAUAGGUAUUCUUAGUGCAGAGUGAGAUCUAGAUACUUACUGACUUGAUUAAAAGGAGCACUAGGGGGCACAAUGUGUGUUUUUCUUCUUCCAUUAAUAUUUUUGUAACAAGUUGCCUUCAGGAGAUGACUGACUAAAAGAAGAGAAAGAGGAGAGCGUGGAUUUGUGAUAGAAAAAGGUCUGUGUAAGGAGAUGUAGACUGGAUUUUGAAAUUAAGUGGAGAAAAAAGCACAUUUAAACUAUAUAUACAAGAGAAUAUUUGUUGAUUUAAAGGUUUUGUGUAAUUCCUUUUAUAUUGAUUUGGGUUCUAUUAUUUUGGGUGCUCUAGGAGAACGCAUAUGCAAUCAGUUUUCAUAUUUUGAUCUUAAUUAAAUGAUACUAUCCUCCAAGACAGUCAUAAGAUACUGGAACACUAAUAGGAAAAAAAUGAUUUUUGACUACACCUUAAUCUCUUUGCCUUGGCUCUUAAAGUUGCACAUUCUCAUUAUAAAUGAAUUAUGUAACUAGCAAUACUGUUUUUAUUAAUAAAAAUGUGUCUAAGCCUCA